AGGACUGGACAUGGGCCCAUCACAGGUGCAGGCGUGAUGUCGGCCCAGCAACUUGUGGCCUGCCUCUGCCGGGAGGGUGACCAGCACCUGGCCCUGGGGGAGACCCCACUGGCCACCGCCUUCUACUUGGCUGCCUUCAGCUGCCACGCCCCCUCAGCCGUGCGGCGCGUCCGAGCUGCCCUGGCCGAGGCUCGGGGGGUGCCGGUGGUAGCCACCCUGGAGGCCUGGUGCCGAGGUGACAGCCAGAUCCCAGCCAUACACUGGGACGGCAUGGCAGUGGUCUCCCUGACGGGGACCCUGGCCUCUGCCUUCCUGGCCACCCUCUGCCCAGACCACCCUGCCAUGGUCCUGCACUCCCUGGCCGGCCUGCUGGCACGUGGGCGCCACGGGGAGGUGGUGAGGCGCUGCAGUGCCCUGCUGGACGCUCAGUCCCAGCAAACGCUGGAGCUGCAGCUGACCCGCGCCCUGGCCUGGGUCCUGUCUGGGACACAGGUGGAUGCUGGUGUGGCCGACUACCUCCGGGCCUUCGCAUCGAGCGCAGACAGGACCGUGGCCUUCGUUCGCACCCAUCAGCAGACCUACCUCCCCACACUGGUCGGAGCCCUCCAGGACUACAUCUCUCAGAGCCAGGAGGCCGGGGACAGCACCAGCCAGCAGGAGACCAACUGCCAGGGACUCCUGGCAGCCCUGGAGCCUGGGGGCACCUGGAGAGAUGCCCUGUCUCCCGAAGCCCUGCUCCGCAGUGGCAGGUAUGAGGACUGCCGGGUGGCAUGCAGCCGGGCCCUCGAGGCUGACCAGACGGGCAGCAGACCCCGAGGUGAGCGUUUGGCCGCCCUGCUGGUCACUCGUGCUGCCGCGGCCUUCUUCCUGGACAGUGGGGUCCAGGACCUGCUUCGGGACCUGCACGAGGCCUUCCACCAAAGCCCCUCAGGGGCGCGGAGUCAGUUCGAGACGGUGCUCUCGGCCGGGGACCGGGAGCGCGUGCGGGCCCAGGCGCAGGAGGCGGCGGACCUGGGCUUCGCCCACUUCCAGGACGCCGUGCGGAGGCGUCGCGAGCUCCGCGAGGACUCAGGCCACGAGCUGCUGGCCCCGGUGACACGUACGCUCCGCACCAGCAGGAAGGGGGCUGCCCGGACCGGGGACGCCCAUGGCGUGUACCAGCUGGCCGCACUCCUGACGGAGCUGGACUCGGAGGAUGAGGCUUCGCGCCUCCUGGCGGCCGAUGCCCUGUACCGCCUGGGCCGCCUGGACGACGCCCACAAGGCCCUGCUGGUGGCCCUCUCCCGCAGGCCUCAGGCGGCCCCUGUGCUCUUGCGCCUGGCCCUGCUGCAGCUCCGGAGGGGCUUCUUCUACGACGCCAACCAGCUGGUGAAGAAGGUGAUCCAGUCCAGGGACACGGCCUGCCUCCAGCCCGCCCUGGAUGUCUUCCAUCAAGAGGACCGGCAGCUGCUGCGGGGCCACUGCCACGCGCGGGCCCUGGCCAUCCUACGGGCACGACCCGGCGGGGCCGAGGGUGAGGUCCACACCAGGGAGGCCAUCGCCUACCUCUCUCUGGCCAUCUUUGCCGCAGGGAGUCAGGCAAGUGAGUCCCUGCUGGCCCGCGCCCGCUGCUACGGGUUCCUGGGCCAGAAGAAGACGGCGAUGUUCGACUUCAACUGCGUGCUGAGGGCGCAGCCGGGGAACGUGCAGGCGCUGUGCGGGCGGGCGCUCCUGCACCUGGCCCUGGACCAGCAGGAGGAGGCGGUGGACGACAUCCUCUCAGCUCUGAAGCUUGACCCCAGAACCACGGUCCCUGAGAUCCGCUCUCUGAAGCCAGAGGCCCGGGCUCUCAUCACGCAGGGCCUCUCCUCCCGAUGCCGAGCCGGCCUGAGCCAGCUGCUGGACACCGGGCCGCCCCUCAACCACGAGGACGCCCGGGGCCUCCUGGCCGCAGGAGAAGCGCUGAUCAAAAUCGAUGCAGGGCAGCCCAGCUGGCACACCCUCCUGGCGGACGUGCUGGCUGCAGUGGGCAACUUGGAGGAGGCCAGCGCCUGCCUGCAGGAAGCCCUCCAGCAUGACUCUCCAUCAGAGGCAGCCCGGGCCCGGCGUGGCCUGUUUCAGCUCAAGAAGGGGGAUGUGCUGGCCGCCGCACGGGACCUGCAGUACCUGGCAGAGACUGACGCCCAGGACCUCUGCUUCCUGCUGCGUCUCCUGGAUGCGUCAGAGCGGCAGAGCCUCACCCAGGCCGCAGCCCAGGAAGCUGACACCCUCCUGAGCUCAGGGCAGCCCGGCCAAGCGCUCGGCUACUGCUCGCUGGCCAUCCUGGCGGGUGGUGGCAGUGCCUGUCACCUGCGCCUGCGGGCCACCUGCCUGGCCGAGCUGCAGGAGUUUGGCCGGGCUCUCAAGGACCUGGACCAUGUGCUCCAAGAGGGUUCAGGGGACGGCGACCUCCAGGUGCAGGCAGAGGACUUAUGCUCCCAGGGGCGCCUGUUGCUGAGCCUAGGAGACGAGGCCAGGGCUGCAGGGGCCUUCGCCCAGGCCCUCAGGCUGGCGCCCACACUAGCCCAGAGCAGCCUGUGGGAGCGGCCGGGCCGGGCCCCGACCGCCCGCGUGCUCCUGUGCCGUGGGCAGCGCUGCCGGGAGCAGCGCUACACUGAGGCCUGGAUGGCAGCUGAGGGCGGCCUCCUGGUGGACCCCGAGCAUGGCGGCCUGAGGAGGCUGAAGGCGAGAAUCCGGAGGGAGGCGUCCUCGGGCUGCCGGCUCCAUUGACCCAACACUCUCCGGGCCCAGCCAUGGGGCCCCCCAUUAUUACCAUUCCUAGUCCAGACCCUGCAGUGCACCGCCCCCCAAAUCAGGGAGGGGCUCACCCGCCCUCGCACCCUUCCCAGUCCUGGGAUGGGUCAGCGUUGGCCAACCAGCCCUGGGGAGCAGAAGGGAGACAUCCUGCUUGCCUGGAGUGACUGUCCUGGGAGGCUCAGAGCCCUUGUCUCACAGCAACCUGGUCCCCAAAGCUGGGGCCCUCAGCCCCAGUCCUUGCCCCUAGCUUGAGGCCUGCAGGUUGGUUGGGGUUCAGGCCAGCCCCCCGUGGCCCUGGGGAGACGGUGUCGGCGCUUCUCCAGGUGUGAAGCGCCCUUGACUCUGGCCUGACCUUCAGGCUGGGCUCCUGCAGGGUCUGUCCCCUCGAGGGUAAAACUCCCAAGCCGGCCUGAGACCCAGGCCUUCAUCAGUGCUGUUCUCCAGGGAGCCCGGGGCCUUGGGGCGGUGGUGUGGCUCCGCCCUUCCCUGCCAAGCAGGGAGACCCCCGAGGGGCCCCUAAUGAGCAGAGCAGCCGGGCGUCUUCUUGGCAGAUGUCCUGGCAGUGCGGUCUGACAUAAAGGUGUUUGCUGCGUGGAUUAAACCUGCCCACCCCCACCACAGUUUGCUUGGAAAACCUCCGCGGAGGGAGCGGAGAAGCCCAGCCCUUGUCCACCAUGCAUUCCAAAGAAGCCACGUCCGAGUUAACACAGUUCUGUCUCGUUCAUGAACGCAGCUGCUGGACAGGCCAUCGGGCGAAGCAGAGGGGACUGGCCACGCCACACCCUCCCAUCUCAGCACUCAACUUGCUCCCCUCCCUGGCUGUCCCCUCUUCCUCUGCCCAUGCACAGACCCUCUACCUGCUGCCCUCGGCUCCGCUCCCCACCUCCCAAUCGACCUGUCCAGGGGCCCAGGCAGGGAGUGACCCCAGUCCUCACCCCCCUUCACAGAGGUGCCAGACCCCGGGCUGCAGGUGAAGUGGCCACGUGGGGUGGGCAGCCCCCUCCCCCUCAGGCCCCUCCCCAUCACCCACCACUAAGUGGGAGCCUUCAUCCCAGGGGCACCAACUGGGACCUGCUGGUCUGGGGCUGCCCACAGCUGGGCCAAGAGGCAGUGUCUCCCAUGGUGAGGGACCAGGGAAGGGAGCCAGGAGAGUGGGGAGAGGGCUCCACGGGGGCACUGCCACUGGAUUCCUCUGCCUGGCCAGCCUCUCUCAGGAUCUUUGAGCCGUUCCCAUGUCUCUAGCAUUUCCCCAUGCGUGAUCCUCGCUAGAUCACCCCAUCCACCUGUCCAUCGCCGUGUCCAGCUGCGUGUUCAUUGGCUCAGUGAGCUCCAGGAGCCAGUGUGGACCUUAGUUCAGGGACACACACGAGGGUCCGAGUGGGUCAGUUGGCUUUCCUAAGGCCAUGAGGUGAGAGCUGGUCCAAGGCCCAAGGUAAGCCAAAAAGGGCCAGCCUCAGAGCUGCCAGGAAGGUCGGAGGCAGGGGGGAGAUGUCCCUGUGGGUGCCCUCCCCCAACCCCACCCCACGUGUUCCCCCUGCUGUCCUCUAUCCAAGACGUCCUGCCUCGUGCGUCCACUCAAGGCUGGAGCCCAUCAAACUGAGUGUGCAGGUGCCCGACUGCUGCCACCGCUUUCCAGGCCCUGGUGCUCUCUGCAGACCCCGCCCCCAACACUCCCUGAGCAGCCCUGACCUGCCCCACUCCCGGCUCCUCACUGCUGAGCUGGAGGCUGAGAAGCCAGGCCUGAAUGUGCCUGGACAGGGGGCAGCCCUCUCCUUGCAGCCUGGCUGCCUGGCCUCACCUCUCACGUCUGCCCUGCCACCGCCGGGCACCAGGACUGCUCGCGAUGGGCCUCUCCCCCCCGCCUCCCGGGGCAGGAGCUGGGAGGAUGGAGCAACUGCUGGCCAGCAAGCUCACGGCCAAGCGCUAAAGUGGCCCUGCAUGCCUUUCCCAGGUCUUCACAUUUGUUACUGCUCUCUUUUCCUCCCUGGGGACAGAAGAAAGCCUCGUCCCGUUUUGAAAGCUAAGGUUGGAAAGAUCCAAAGAUUUGCACAGGUUCAUAGUCAACUUAGCUGUGAAGUCUGGGAACCACACCCAAGCUCCCAGCUCUCGAGGCGGCUUCAACAGAAGACAGGCUGGGGGACCUGCAGAAACGGGCUCAUCCUGCCAGCUCCACGGGCAAAGUUGUCCUGCCCAAGUCCUCCCACCUCCACCUGGGCCGGGCGACGGUCCCACAUCUGUGGGUACGUGUGGGGAUGUCUGUUAUCCCGGCCUCCCGCUGUGGCACGCAUGUGGACAAGAACUAGCAGGCUCUGACAGCCCCGGCAGCAGAACGAUGGCACGGCUAACAAUGCAAAUCAGACCCUUACCGAGGACGGAGGCUGCACCUUAUUUUCACAAAACCACAUUUUAGUUGACCAAGAAAGUGUUCGUCAUGUGGUGUAGACAGCAUUACCUACUCUCAAGACAAUAAAGAUACAAAUUAAAUUUUAAAAAUUCCUUGCAGGUAAAACAGCUCCUGGGUCCUAGAGGAUAUCAAAUCUGCAAUUGCAGAAUACUGGAAACACCACAGUAACAAAGACAGUCCAGGCAGUCACCUCUGGGAAACAGUCACGGCAGUGUCCAGAGGGAAGUUCAAGCCCAGAGUGCAUUACUAGCCAAUGAAAAUGAAGUACACAUUCAAUUUGAGAAAUUAGAAGAAGACAAUAGAAGAAAUCAGAAGGCAGGAAUUAAUAGCAAGGAAAGCAGAAAUGAGUAAGUUAGGAAUAGAAGAACGGAAGAAUAAAUCCAUAAUAUAAUGCUUCAAAAAUUGAGUAGAUGAGCCAAUAGCUAACUUAAUCUAGAAAGACAGAAAAGCACAAAGGAACCAAAAUUUUUAAAGAUGACAAGAACCAAAUCACAUGGGGGAAAUUUAAAGAAUCAUAAGACAUUAAUUUUCUCAACUCUGCAAGUAAAUGUGGAGUCUGGAUGAAAUGUGUUGGUUCCUAGGAAAAUAUUAUUUAACUAAACUGAGUCCAGAAUAGAUACAAAAAUUACACAGGACAAUUACCACGGAGGGAAGGAGAAAGCUGUUAAGGAGCUUUUCCCCCAAAGCAACUCCAGUUCCAGAUGGUGUCAGGGGAGACCUGCCAGCCUUUAAAGAACAGUCGGAUCCUAAUUCCUUCAAACUCCUUCGCAGCCAAGAAAAAGCAGAGAAGCUUCCAAGUUCUUUUUGGAAGAAAGCAUAAUCUCGCCCAAGUGAAAGCCGCCAGCCAACUUCAUUUACAAAUUCCUGGUUCAGAGAGCCCGAAGGAAACACCAACAAACCUGAGUCCAACAGCACAUUAAAAAGAGGCGGUAUGAGCAACGUAUACAGGAAUGCAAGGACGGUUCAAAAUCACCACGGGAGCAGAGCUAAGGAAGAAGUAAGUCCCGGGACCCCUCCUGGGGGCUGUGGCAGAGGGCUCGGCCACGCGCGAUAAAUCCACCCUGACGCUCUAUCUCCCUGUGCCUUUGGGUCUCUUCCUGUACGUGACAUCGGGAGGUUCUGACAUCUCAGCCUCGUUGACCGCGGACCACGGUCUGGUGCAGAACUCACUCAGCCAGGCGAACUGUUGGAGUCACUCCCCAAGCUGAUGUGAGUCAACACGCACAUUCAGGAUCUCUGGCAGGUGCACCCGUAUCGACAGAGCCAACCCAGCCCAGCACGGUGUUCCUUCCCCCUGCCGUGGUCUGACACCCCUAGUCUCCAACCCCACACAUAACUCCCAGGUUUCUCAGUGUCAAUAAUUACAUACUGAAAUUGUCUGGGUGUA